CUAAAACAUCAUCGAGCAGACGCCAUAUUGAUUUUCACAAGAAAAUUCUUACUUAACUCAGCCGACCGCAUUAGAUCGUGACAUAUUCAGUCGCUGCUUUAUUAAGGAAGAAAAAAAAUUUGUUCUUAAGGAAUAAAAGGCGAGAAAAAAAAGGAGAACCCAGGACCUGCAGAAAUGACUGUUAAACUAGAAACUGCUCCUUUCGAUCCACGUUUCCCCAAUCAGAAUCAGACCCGUUACUGCUAUCAGUCGUACGUGGAUUUCCAUCGUUGCCAGAAAAAACGUGGUGAGAGCUAUGAGCCAUGCAACUACUUUAAGAAAGUCUUUAAAUCGAUGUGCCCUAACGCCUGGGUGGAGAAGUGGAAUGAACAAAUUGAAAACGGCACCUUUGCUGGUCGAAUUUAAAUUUUCACCAUGAGGCACUUUAAUUAAUAUCCGAAAAACUUUAUUAUCUAAAAAUUGUUGUGCUACAGCCAUCUUAAUCAACAUUUACUAGAAAU